CGGCUCCUCCGAAGCGAGCACGCUAUCCGCGCCGCAGCGCACCGUUCGGGAAACAAAAAAAAAAACCAAGGGAUGUGUGCUGUACGGAAUUAUAUUGGCUCUCCUCGCCUCAGACGGAGUCGUGCAUUAAUCGAACGUCGCGUGCGUUAUCUUCGAUUGAAACAAUAAGUCAUUCCAGCGCUCCGGGAACAAUUGUUUAACUUUUGAUAAACUUAAUCUCCGGUGUUAAUUCGUCGCUUUAAUGAAGCCAGCCCUGGCGUGGCAGUCGCUCCGGUCCCCGAUCGCACAAUUUAUUUCCUUAAUUAGCCAAUAAAUCCUAUUUUUAAGUGUUCCUUAAGCCGCGGAGGAACCCGCGACCCGAGUUUUCGCCGACGCGUUUUCCUCACGUGAGCCCGCUGGGUGCUGGGUGAAGGUGUUCCUGCUCGGCUCCAGCCGCGCGCCGCGACGCACACAGUGACACAAGUACACUGACACAUACACGCACACGCUCGAAACGAAAAUCAAAAUUCGAAAUGUCUACAAUCGCGACCCGGCCUGGCAGUGCGCUAGCAGUCGCGAGAUCGUCAGUGCUCUUCAGUUAGUUGUGCGGUAACGUUCAUCAGUGCGAGCUCGCUCGUUUCAACCGCGUUAUCUCCGAUAUUUUCGAAUAAAUUCGAUUUUCUCACGUUUCCGAAUCUCUUCAUUCUGUGCUUCGACUUUUCAGUGCGCAUCGGUGGAGUGUUUGUUUUUUUUUCAUAAAAAAUUUCGAUGGUCAAACCACGUGCUUUUUAACAUUACUAAAAUUCCUGUUCGACGGAAGUGGACCGGCGUUGUGAUUGCGCGUUCCAGCCACGAUUUCCGUUUAUCUUAAUGGUGCUUCCUGCCUGAUCCCAGUUUCCUGUCUCUCAUGGACCUCAGGGUAUUGUAGCGCGCCGAGAAAAUUCGAGACUGUCAGGUUGUCGCGAAUAUGCCGUGCGAUCCGUGACAGCAUGUUACUCAGCUGACAUCGGAACUUGGGUUUUUUUACUGUUUAAGUUAUUUUAAGUGAUAGGAUUUUAAAAUGAACCACAACGAGGAAGGCCCGAUCCAGGGGCCGAUCUCCGGGGAGCUGGCUGUGCCCGGCAUGAACCACAUUAUCAACAAUAACUCUGUGAUACCUAUGCUACCCAAUCUGCCCUACGCGGCGGCACAUCUAGGACUCUAUCAUCAGCAUCUCAUCCAGCAAAUGAGGCUCAUGCCUUAUUUCCAUCAGUAUUUUCAGAGUCUCAGCAUACCAAAGUUCUCGAGCAAUUACGGAACGGAGAGCAGUCAGGUCUGCUCGGCGGAGAACUCAGCAUGCAAGAAGCCGCCCUAUUCCUACGUGGCGUUGAUCGCCAUGGCCAUAGACUCCGCCCCCACCAAGAGGAUGACCCUGGCAGGGAUCUACCGCUACAUCACGGAUAGGUUCCCUUACUACCGGGAUAACCGGGAGGGCUGGCAGAAUUCCAUCAGACACAACCUCAGCCUCAACGAGUGCUUCGUCAAAAUCCCCAAGGACCGGGAGAAGUCCCGCGGCAAGGGAUGCUACUGGACGCUCGACCCUGUCAUUGCCGACCGCAUGUUCGAGGGAGGCAACUUCAGGAGGCGUCGCCGACAGCGCUCAAGACAGUAUCAGAGGUUCUCGCCGGUGACGGCCCCGACGUACCCACAAUCGCCAGGAGGCUACCUCUCGAGCGAGAGCGGGAAGCAGCCGAUCUCGUUCGACCAGCUCAACGACCAAUCCAUAUUCCCGGAGCCGAUCGACGUGAGCAAGCUCAUGAAGCAGAUCCUCAAGGAGGACAACCCCGAGCUGGGCAUGAACCUGAGCAAGAAGCCCCCGCACUGCUUCAUCGGGCAGGACCUCUCCGACCUCACCCGGAAGCUCAACUCGGUCGACAUCGAGCUCAUCUCCCGCGAGAACGAGCCCUACCCGGAGGACUGCGGGGUGAUCAACCUCAGCAAGAAGCCCGAGCGGAACCAGCUGGAGAUCAUACGGCUCACCAAGGAGGAUUGUAGUAAGGAGAUCCUCAACCUCAGCAAGAAGUCCACCUUCACUAUCGACAGCCUCAUGAGGAGAUCCCCCGAACCUCCGCGCUCCUCCGGCACCUCCGAGGACGGCGAGGAGACCGACAGUUGUAACGAGGAUGAUGCUAUGUCUGAUAAGUGCUUUUGAAUAGACUCAUCAGUGCUUUGAACAGGAUCCUUCUAGUUCCGACGAAUCCCGCGCACCGCGCUAGUGGGCCAACACACAUGCAGGUGGAACCUCCAGCUCGUGUGCUUCAUGAAGAGCACCCCACAUCUUGAGUUCCACAUCGAAUCCUUUCGAGUGUACCGAUAUUUUUGGUGUGAAAUAUCAAGACCAUUUCUCGCUAUGAGGAUUUGUGGUACGUGGUUGAUUCCGGUUUCAAUCUCAGGUCAUUGGGAAGAAAGUAAUGCUUAAUUCGAAGAAAUUGUUAUGCCAUUCCGAGGAGUGAAACUUUUUGAAUUUUAUUUGCAAAAAAGAGGCGUUUUGGAAUUAUUUGUAAAGUUUACAAGCAUUUAUUUCAAAAAUUUCAAUCUCUUCGAGAUUCUGAAAUUGAAUUGAGAGUAGAUAAAUAGAUACCUCCAUACCUACGGAUUUACUUUCACAAUAAUGUAUGCACGAAGACCAGUGUACGAGACAAAUUUUUUCUCUCAUCUCUGUUAAAAUUCAAUCCUUGUACGGAUAGAGAUCGCGCUGUCUCGCUUGAACAUCGAUGUAAUGUUAGAUUAGAUGGCGAAUACAUUAUUAAAUGGUCCGGUACGAUUUGAAUGAUAAGUAAGUGUCAAACAAAGCGGCAUGCCUCCUGAUAAAGGAUUUGGUAAUGUGAAAAAAUGCACGACUGAAUUCAUGAGCUUUUGAAAUUGAAUUUUAAGAAAUCUCAACAUUUUAUGGAUUUAAUAUGCAUUGUUCUCCAAGGAUUUCAAGUACUUAGACUUUUUCCUGGUGCCUUCUGUGCAAAUUGGCUUAAGACAGGGAUAGGAGUGGGGACGGAAAUAUUUUUUGGAUAUGGAGACCAUUGAAUUGAGCAAAUAAUGAAAACUGUACCUAGUAUGUGUUUUCCUCAAUGUUGAGGAUCACACUUUGAUUUUUAUUAUGUUGGUCUACCUUGUAAUUAAUAGUUGACUUAUGUCUUUUUUCGUGAAAGACUAUUGUCGUGCAAUUUUAAGUGGCCAGCGACUUGAAAGAUUAAAAUUCAGCCGAAAGAAGAUUAUUUUCACGGUAAAAAUUAUCGUUUCUCAUUUUGUUCAGGCAUUUUUAUGAUGGUCUGGUUAAUGGUGAAUUGUUAACCACUCUGUACUUACCUGUAAACUUUCAGUUGAUUGGAUGCGAUUGUGUCUGUGCGUUGUAAAUUGAAAUUAGAAAUCAACGAUCUUAUUUUUGUUUGUUUCCCUAGUCUAAAAACUGAUCUCUGUGGGUAGUUAUUUGUAUUAUUUCGCAGGUGGAGAGAGGCCUCAUGAAAAUGUUUGAGUUUGUGAUAUACCUAACCGACUGAUACCGAAUGUGGUAUACCAACUGAUACACCUAAGCUUGAGGUGUUUGAUUUUUGCACCCUUGCAACGUUAAAAGUUGUCGUAUUUGGAAAUUAUUGGUAGGCCUCUUCCCUCAUCUCAUUUUCUGAGGUUAGAGUCAAUGCAUGAGAAUUUACUGUGGUUCUUGCUACACAAACUUACCGUCUCCGUCACAAUGCGUCACGAAUUCAACCAUUUUCACCUCUCCGUUUAAGUUUUGUCUGAUGAGAGUUAAGUACUGAAGAGAGAUUAUCGAUGGUGCAAUUAUUAAAUUGUAGGUUACUGAAUACAUUUUUGUUACAUUUUUUUUCUUUUUUAUAUUAAUAGUUACUUAAGAAAACCUCGAGGUAUGGCGGGGGGAGGAGGGAAGAAUUGAAGAAAAUUGAUCAUACUUCUGAACUCAUUGUAAAUGUACACAAAUGACCUCUGUUUCGUUAUUACUAAAUCAAUGUAUCUAAGUCCCUGGAGAUGGUCCAAAAGUCCAUAAUCGGUGGUUUAGAAAUGAAAGAACAUUACCAUAGACAAAAAAAAACGAUCAUUACAAUUUCAGCGUUUCUGAAAAAGGUGCACUUUUUGAUUGUUAUGGGUUCAACAUUUAUUUGUGAAUUCCAUAGCCACUGAACUCGACGGAGGAUUUGAUUAGUAAUGCAACGUUGAAAUCUUACCAGGAGUGAUCAAAAGCAAAGUUCCUGGAAAAAAUAAAUAUCCCUCCAAAAACAGAGGUAUCGCAAACAUUUAGAGUAAAUGUAUCAUUGUCUGUUUAUGUAUAUUGUGUAAAUACUGUCACGGAUGAAAAUAAAAAAAAAUCGUUUAUAA